CCGAGUCGCAGCCCCGCUUCGUUCCGAAGCCAUCAGUCAGCGAAACUCGCUGGACUCGCAAAGACAUCAAGUCUGACAGCUACAACAACUCUGAUGGAGCGCAAAUUUGCCCCGUGCUAUACUUGUCGUACCCGGCGCAUUCAAUGCGACCAGUCCAGCUUACCGUGUGCUAAAUGCCUGAAGGCUGGCCGGGAAUGCUUCGACAAAAGACCUGUCCGAUGGGUCAAAGGCGUCGCUAUUCGGGGGAAGAUGCAAGGCCAGUCUUAUGCACACACUAGUAAUGCCAUCGUCCCUCGCAAGAAAACGAGCAAAGCCACUACUGCGUCGCGCUCGAGCCCAUUGACUCGACCAGGCACUCUCAGGCAUAGCGAUAGUAGUGGAUUACCAGCGGCUCUACAAGACCCAUCAAUAUCCAACCUAGAUCCAGUAUCCCGAUACUAUAUGGACUAUUAUAAUGAGCAUAUAUGCAAACUGUUUAUCGUAUAUGAUAGUGAGAAGAAUCCGUUCAGGAGCCUCAUUCCGAUCGGCCUGAAGGAUCCCAUCCUCCUCAAAGCGCUCCUCGCACUUGCAGCACGCCAUCAUGCGAAUACUGGCAAAUGCUUCCGUCAAGCCGAUCCACUAACUCUUUUGACGUAUGCCAGUGCCAAUCGCGAAGCACUUAUGUUCAAGGACCAAGCUGUCGAGUCGCUUUCGCGUUCAAUACAACAUAAAACGUUACCUACCGACGACGCCACUGUGGCCAGCAUCUUCCUCUUGAUUUUUCUAGAUCUGCUGGAGUCAGGCAGUGAUGGCUGGAAUUUUCAUCUGGAAGGAGUGAAAAAGCUGAUCGAUUCAACCUAUCUGCAUUCCGACUCCGAGGCUGUGAUCAAUGGAGGUCCAGGUGAGACAGUGCGCGAACUGCGCGCCUUCAUCACCAAGCAGAUACAUUUAAUUGAAACACUCGGAGCGACCUUCUUGCGCCCACGAUUGCUAUCCCCGUUCACUCCUUUCGAACCAAAAGAAAUCCAGCCGCAAGAAACCAUCGAGCGCUCUUUCCUUGGAUGCCCAGAAUACAUCCUGACUGCUAUUCAAUGCUUUUCUACCCAAAGAGAUAGCAUUGCGGUCUCACCACCUCUGGAUCAAACCUCGAGCAAGGAAAUCGUAUCGUUACUGAACCUCGUCCAGCAAUUCGACUGCUACGCGUGGGCGUCAAGUGUGCAAAAAUCACGAACCCCCUCUCAAGAAGAAAUAUCAAGUCUCUUUAAACUAUCACAGGCAUACAAAGUGGGGACUCUCAUGUACGGUCGGCGAAUCCAGAACGCAUUGACGGGAGAGUUUACUAUCCAAGAGGAACUCCUGUCUGAGCUUCUUGGUUUGAUCGAUUCCCUGAAAGACGACUACCUGAUGUUCAAGUGCAUUCUCUGGCCUAUCUUCGUUGCUGGCUUGGAAUGCCAAGGCCAAGCUCAAAGACAUUUCCUUGAACGCUCCCUGGAGAAAUUUUGGGUGGUCACAAAGUGUUUGAAUGCUGUUAAUGCUGCGAAGACCCUUCAAGAUUACUGGGAUCAAGCAGAUGCUUCGGAGGAGUCUCGGUCCCACUGGAUAUUCAAUAUUGGCAACCUUGGUCGAGAUUGGCUAUGGAUAUAG